AUGCUGUCGAAUCUCAACACUUAUUUGAAGCAGGUGAAAUCCACUCAUGACGAUGAUUCCAUAGACAGAUUGAAUUAUGUCACAACAAUUUACUUACUUCUUGGCUUUGCUCUGACCAUCUUUGCCAAAAACUAUGUUGGUGAACCGAUGCAAUGUUGGGUGCCUAACCAGUGGACGGGUACCUGGGAAGUGUUUGCAGAAUCAUACUGCUUCGUUGAGAAUACAUAUUUUGUGCCAAUGAACCAGAGUAAUCUACCAGCUGCGCAUACAAGAGAAGGAAGAGAAAUGAUAUACUAUCAAUGGGUCCCAUUCAUACUGUCCCUCAUGGCGUUUUGUUUCUACGUUCCACGUGCAGUCUGGAAAAUCUUCUCGCCUUACAGCGGUCUCGCCUUGGCAGAUCUCAUGACAGCCGCCAGAAAAUCAGCAAAGACAGGAGCAGAGGAUAAACUCAUUAAUUGUGUAGCCACAACUCUACGAAAAGCUCCUACCUCUAAAGUUCUCCAUUAUGGAUCAAGUCUCUUCAAUCUAUACAUUGCGGUGAAGAUAUUGAUAUUUGCCAAUUUACUGCUGCAAUUCUUCUUUCUCAAUCAUUUUCUUGGCACGGAAUACACAUUUUGGGGCGCUGGCAUUCUGAAUGAUAUGCUUCAUGGGAGGCAGUGGCAGCAGAGCGGGCAUUUUCCAAGGGUAGCAUUUUGCGAUCUAACAGUUAGGGAGAUGGGAAAUAUAAACAAUUGGACCGUUCAAUGUGUGUUGAUGGUCAACAUGUUUAAUGAAAAAAUCUUCAUAUUCUUAUGGUUCUGGUAUGCCUUCCUCUUGAUUUGCACUAUCCUCAACCUCAUCGGUUGGAUUCGCCAACGCUACAGUAGAUCAGCCCGCAAAACGUUUCUCUACAAUGUUUUGACUGACAGCGGUCUCUAUACCAGCGAAGCCGACAGGGACGAGUUUUAUCAUGAAGUCGUAAAGGAUGACGGCGUACUUGUUUUGCUCCUAUUAGACUCUAAUGGUGGUCGUCUGCAAUCCGGAGAACUCGUCCACCAGCUCUGGACCUACAAAUUCCCAGAUGGAGGUAAGAAUGCACCACCCAGCCCAAGGGAAGAUAUCCCAAAACUACUGCUCUCAUCAGAUGACAAAACGAUCUCAACCGUUGCCGAAGAGGAAGAAGUAGAAAAUCUCGAAAAUGAGGAGAUCUUCCAUGCCCCUACUGCCAGCCCAACCUAUUAAACAACCUCUGCCAACACCUCCAAAA